AUGAUUACUGAGAUACUUUUAUUCCCAGUGCAUGCGUAUUGUCCAUCUUUAACAUUUGCCACUGCUAGUGGAUUUAAUAUAAACCUGGUUGCUUUUUUCUUGUGCGCUAUCUGCGUAUUUUACACUUCAAUAGGUGGUUUUAAAACCGUAAUUUGGACGGAUUUUUUUCAGUUUGCUAUAAUUGUAACAUCAUUUAUCAGUGUCUAUGCACUUGGUCUUAGAACAUCAGGGGGAUUCUUGUCGGUGUGGAAUACAGCUGUAGCUGGACAAAGACUACAAGUUUUUAAUUUCAAUAUUGAUCCUACAGGAAGAGAUAGCUUCUGGGGAUACUUUUUAGGUGGAGGAUGCUCCUUUACGGCUUACGUAGCCACACGUCAAACCGGUGCUCAAAAAUUUCUAACUUUAGGAAAAUCUACAGAUCUCAAAUGGUCAGUUAUAUAUACCGUAAUUAGUAUUUCUGUGGUCCACACUUUGUGCGUUUUCGUUGGCUUAGUGGUCUAUGGCAAGUACAAAGAUUGUGACCCUCUGACUAGUCACAUGAUCUCAAAACAUGACCAAAUUUUUCCGUAUUUUGUAACUGAGAUUGGUGCCAACGUACCUGGAAUCUCGGGUCUCUUUAUAGCAGCCAUUUGUAGUGGAUCACUAAGCUCAAUGUCUUCAAACUUAAACGCCCUCUCUGGUGUUAUCUAUAAGGACGUUUUGUACUUUUUCUUCAAGAAAGAACUUUCUGAUAAAAGUGGUAGUGGCAAUUUAAAAGUAAUAGUCUUUGUUGUUGGAACCUUGUGUACUUGUUUAGUGUUUACAAUAGGACUGUUGGGAGAAAUAUUUUCUAUUAGUUUGUUGGUGAUAGGUCUUACACAAGGACCGCUAUUGGGGUUGUUUACCCUAGGAAUUCUCUUUCCAAAAGCAAAUGCGAAGGUAUAA